AUUGUCUUAUUGAAAACCAAUUAUGUAUGUAUACAAUUUGGUGAGGAAAAUGGCGGUCUGGUGUUGACCAAGGCGCCAAAGAUGUGCCAUUUAACAAAGAUGUGUAAACGAUGAAAAUCCUAUUCAAUGGUUUCUUACUUUGGAUGAUAUUUUGUUAUAGUUUUGCAUCGAGAGUUACAGAUUCUGAAGAAGAUGAAUUCUAUAGUUCCUUGAAAAACAAUGAAAAUUCAGAGGAAAAUUCCAAAAAUGUCCAUCGAGACAAACGUUCAAUUCAGCAAAACGAUCGAAACAAAGUUUACGAAAGCGAAAUUAAAAUUCUCGGACACGUGGAUAACACGGUUAGAGAUCGUUUCGUGAGGUCAUCGGGGGAUUCAGAGUACAGCAUUUCUGAGACCCCUAUUAAUGAUCAUAAAUCUUUUUAUGACAACCCUACAACUCCGAAGAUAUCCUACGAUGAUCCCAGUUCAUCGACUAAUGACGAGGUCACCGUAACAGAUUUAUCUUCGGUCGAUUCAAGUCCCUCCGACAACGACGACGUGGUUACGACAACCGCCGAAGAUUCCAAGACGAGCGACGCGGGAAUUGGGACUGGAAUCGAAGUUGAAUCGGAAGAGAAAUUGAAAGACGAGGAACCUGAUGAACUUCAGACUACCUCCCAAUCCAACGUCGGAGAGAUUACGUUGACAAGCAGAGCGGAUAUUAGCAGAGAAGUUUUGUGGCCUUCGGGAACAUAUGGAUUGCCGAAGCCAAAGUCAGGUUGUCCAGAAUCAUCGGGAUUUCUCUGGAAGACGGGGACAAGAUUCUACGACACCGAGGAUGAUGGGAACGAGAAUCAUAACUCAGAUGAAUAUCAUCUUGCAGGAGGCGUCACGGAAGACGGGAUCACAUGGGAAUUCUGCAUGAAAACAAAGGACGUUGGAUUAAAAAGUUGGCCUCGAGGGAAAUACUGCAUGUUCAAGAAGGGAAGCACCUGUCCGAACGGUUUACAAGAAGGCUUCGUCCACUGGGAUGACGAGACGAUAGAUAACAAGAAUUACCAUGAUGGCGACCUACCUGAAGGUGUUUACACGGAUAAAACCAAAAUAUCAUUUUGCUGCAGUGUGACUGGCAAGGCGGAGUCGGAAAUUGUUCUGCCAACUGAAAAACCUUUCUAUUUGUUUCCUUAUGGAUCCACUACGUGUCAAAAGGUGGGAAAAAUGCGAAGUAGCCUUGAAUUUGUCAAGUUUGACGAAGAGGACAAGGGAGGGAUAGCAACUUCAGCACGGGGGUUUUAUCCCUACGGAGUCCAAGCCCAAGAGAAAGAUCACACUUUUUAUUUAUGUUACUACGAACUGCAAGGUUCUGAAGACGCCCCGCUAGAAUCCGAAGAGGAAAAUUCAGAGAAAAGAGCACAUUCUGAGAAACUAUUUCACGAGUUCAUGAAGUCUAGUGAAGCCAACGAGUCGGAGAUUGCUAAGGAAGAGGUUGCAAGAUUGCGAAAUGGCAAGAAGCUACCUGAGCUUAAAACCUCAACUUACCACGCAAUAAUAAUUGCAACUGGUUUUGUCAUUUCAACCGUCGCUAUUUUGGUAGGAGCUUUACUUGUAAUUUCAUACUUCACAAAACGCUGGUCGGCCGACAUAAAGCGGGACCGGGCGCCGAGUCCCCGGAGAGCUGGGAAACCGUGCAAAGAGAACACGAAUUCCAAUGUUCCUAAACCGAUUUCUGACGACAACGAUUCGUUAAAUCCGGACAACGAUCCGAAAAAUCCCGAGACCGACUUCGGAGAGACCGACACCGAACACGAAGAACUUGUGGAAGAUGGAUUUUUACCAUCCGACUCACAGCUCAAAUCGGGAUUGGAAUUUUUGUUUUUGAAACAACAAAAGCGAAAAUGGCUUCCCAAAAACAAUCGAAAAUAAUAUAAAGUAAUGAUAAAUAAUUGAAUUUGUAAAUAGAACGAAUAUAAUAUUAAUACAUUUUCAUUAAACGGCGUGUCCGUCAAAGAAAAGGCGAGCUUCUUCGCAUUGGGAAAAUUAAACAAGUGAAAUUUGAACUAUAAGACUGAUCAUGAUAGAGAAAACUUUUGCGUAAAGAGUGCAUUUCCCA